AUGAACAAUACUGUUUUUGGCAAAACUAUGGGGAAUAUCCGAAAGAGGGUGAAUGUUCAUCUGGUAACGAAAUGGGAAGGACGUUAUGGAGCGGAAGCUUACAUUUCCAAACCCGAGUUCAAGAAUUCUAUUAUUUUUGAUGAGAACUUGGUCGCAGUUGAACUCAAAAAACUAGAAGUAUAUUUAAAUAAACCAAUUUACGUGGGGAUGUGUAUCCUAGACUUGGCUAAGACAACUAUAUAUGAUUUCCAUUAUGACUAUAUGAAAGGAACUUUCAGAGAGGGAUGUACCAUACUAUAUACUGAUACCGACUCGCUCAUUUAUGAGUUAUUUGAAGAUCCUUAUGAGGUGAUGAGACGAGAUUGCCAUACACGAUUUGAUACCUCAGACUACCCUAAAAAUAACCCUUAUGGUAUUCCACAAGUGAAUAAGAAGGUAUUGGGUAUGAUGAAGGAUGAGAAUGAGGGUAUUCCGAUGACUGAUUAUGUAGGCCUCAGAUCUAAACUAUAUACAGUCAAAAAUUCUAAUGAUGAGAUUGAUGUGAAGAAACGACAAUGGGAGAAAGAAGGGCAUGACCCUGAAGAAAUUGAAUCUAUGGCUCAAAAUUAUGGUAUCACGAAGAAAGCUAAGGGAAUUAAAAAAUCUAUUGUAAAGAACAACAUUUGUUUCGAUGAUUACAUAGAAUGUCUGGAAACAUGGAAGCAUAAGAUUAUUUCACAAAAUUUGAUCCGAUCAAAAGAGCAUAAUGUGUAUUCGUUGACCCAAGAGAAGAUCGCUCUCAGCCCUCACGAUGACAAACGAUAUCUAGUAUCUGGAACCUUUUAAACACUACCCUGGGACCAUUAUUCCAUCAACAAACGAAAAACAGAAGAACCUGAUGAGCCAAGGAAGAAGAUUACUAUAUUGGAAACACUAUUAACUAUGUAACACUCUGUAAUUGUUUUCCACUAAUUGUAUAAUAAAUAACCAAAUUCAAUUAUUUGUAAAUAUGUAAAACACCUCUUACUUCAAAUGAAAAAACACUUUAUGGAAUAAACGUAUUAUAAGUG